AUGCAGUCCCAUGUGGAUGAGAUUGAAAUGGACCCUAUAGGUGAUAAUGGUGAAUUGAUCGAUUGCUCGCCUCCUAAGGAUGAUGUUUUCGUCGAUACAAAUGAGGAAGCAAAUCCAAUUUCAAAUGCACAAAAUGUAAGAAACGUUCAGGACAACACCACCGAUCGAAUAAACAAUAACACGAUUCAACAGACUAAAAAAUCUUGUUGCUGGUCAAUACUGAAUUUAAGUACGAAACCUGUCUUUGUAUUGCCUAUGAUUACAAGUAUAGCUAUGACCAUUGGUAUACUGGUAGUUUGUUUUACUGCAUCAAAAUCAUCAGGUAUGUCUUUGUUACUUUGCAUCCUUCGUAUUCAAUACGAUAAAAAUCCAUAG